GUGGGUUGUGACUUGGGCGAGGGACUUGCGUUUUCUGAGUUAAGUGUCGCUUGAAAAUUGCAAUGCUUUGAUUGGUUGGUUACCAUCUUGCAAAAUUUCUAUUGUGUGGUGUCAGAUUAAUCAGUUUCCAGAAAGCCUUCUGUACCCAAAUUUCUUAAUCUUUCCCAUAAGCGAAGUCACCUAUCCUUCCCUGUCCAUCGGAAACCCAGAAGAAACCUAAAUUUAAGGAUGGCCCAAGCUGCACAAGACCUAGCUUUUCACCAGCAAAAAGUCAUAAUACCUAACAAGCAGGGAAAUAAACUAGUUGGCAUCCUCCAUGACUCUGGAAACUUGGAACUUGUUAUCUUAUGCCAUGGUCUAGGCGCCUCAAAGGAAGACAAUAUCAUGGUGAACCUUGCUUCUGCACUGGGAAAGGCUGGGAUUAGCUCUUUUCGCUUUGACUUUACUGGAAAUGGGGAAAGUGAAGGUUCAUUUGGAUUUGGUAACUAUUGGAGGGAGGUUGACGAUUUACAUGCAGUGACCCAACACUUCCAUGGAGCAAACCGCGGAGUCAUUGCAAUCAUUGGGCACAGUAAAGGAGCUAAUGUGGUGCUUCUUUAUGCUUCAAAGCAUCAUGACAUUAAAACAGUUUUCAACCUCUCUGGUCGCUAUAAUCUGCCAGAAGGCAUUGAAGAACUUCUUGGCAAGGAUUUUAUGGAAAGAAUAAGGAAGGAAGGCUUCAUUGAGGUGAAGAGUAAUUCGGGUAAUCUGUCACGAAGGUAUAGGGUCACUGAGGAAAGUCUGAAGGAUCGCCUAAGUAUAAGUAUGCAUGAAGAAUGCCUUAAGAUUGACAAAGAAUGCAGGGUCUUCACAGUCCAUGGUUCUGCUGACCAAACUAUACCUGUUAGUGAUGCAUAUGAGUUCGCCAAGAUCCUGCCUAACCACAAGUUACAUAUCGUAGAAGGAGCUAAUCAUAUAUAUGCUGACCACCAAGCUGAAUUAACCUCGGUGGUUGUAAACUUCAUAAAGGAAACCUUGCAUCAGGGCACUGAUGCAUAGGUAGCUGUCCUAGAGAGUUUAUUUAACUCGUUGUUUAAUGUUCUCUAAAAUAAUAUAGCAGUGCUGGUAUAUCUGACUGUUUUGAGCCCCUUCA